AUGACGAGCUGCAGUGAGCCCCCCUCCGCGGCCCCCAUGCACGGCCCCACGGCCGGCGACGGGCUGAACGACAGCUGCCUCUGGUCCUCCCCCCACUGCAACUGGACCUCAGCGUGGCCGCCGGGGGGGCAGGGCGCGGCCCCCCGGCUGCCCGUCUUCUCCACCGCCGCCCAGAUCCGCGUCGUCGUCACCUUCAUCCUGUGCGGCACGUCCGCCUUCUGCAACGUGGCGGUGCUGUGGGCGGCCAACGCCGGCAGCAAGAGGAAGUCCCACGUGCGCGUGCUCAUCGUCAACCUGACGGUGGCCGACCUGCUGGUGACCUUCAUCGUGAUGCCGGUGGACGCCGCGUGGAACAUCACCGUGCAGUGGCUGGCGGGCGACGCCGCGUGCCGCCUCCUCAUGUUCCUCAAGCUGCAGGCCAUGUACUCCUGCGCCUUCGUCACCAUGGUGAUCAGCCUGGACCGCCAGUCGGCCAUCUUGAACCCGCUGGCCAUCAACGAGGCGAGGCGGAGGAACCGCGGGAUGCUGACCGUGGCGUGGGCCAUGAGCGCCCUGCUGUCCGUUCCUCAGGUGUUCCUCUUCCACAACGUGACCAUCACCUUCCCGGAGAGGUUCACCCAGUGCACGACGCGGGGCAGCUUCGACACCCACUGGCAGGAGACAGCCUACAACAUGUUCACCUUCUGCUGCCUCUUCCUGCUGCCACUUGUCAUCAUGAUUACGUGCUACACGCGCAUCUUCUUUGAGAUCUCCAAGCGGAUGCGAAAGGACAACCUUUCCUCCACGGAGGUGCACUUGCGCCGCUCGAAGAACAACAUCCCCAAGGCCCGCAUGCGAACGCUGAAGAUGAGCAUCGUCAUCGUGCUGUCCUUCAUCGUGUGCUGGACGCCCUACUACCUGCUGGGUCUCUGGUACUGGUUCUUCCCAGACGACCUAGAGGGCAAGGUGUCCCACUCCCUCACCCACAUCCUCUUCAUCUUCGGCCUGUUCAACGCCUGCCUGGACCCCGUCAUCUACGGCCUGUUCACGGUGCACUUCCGCAAGGGGCUGCUGAAACGCUACUAUCGCCGCGACACGGUGCCCGCCUCCGACCCCGAGAACAGCACCGUCAUCACGGGACCGUUCCGGUGCGUCAGCAACGCGUUCCCGCUGAAGAGACAGCCCAGCUCGGCCGCGCGGGAGCGGUCGACGCCGGGCGCAAAGUCACCCAGGAGCGACCGUCUGACCGUGGGGAGCGAUGCGGGGGGCUGCGAGGCUCGCACGCCCAGCACCACCGUGAGCAGAUUGUGAGGGUGAGGGCGGGAGAGCACAUUGGUAGGCUACACAUGGAGUGUGUGUGUGUGAUGGGGUGUGCGGUGGUGGGGUGACUCAGUAUUUGUUUGCUGUCUUUGAUGCCAAGAGGCUUGUGUUCUUUUUUUGAUGUCGUAAUUUUGAGACAUUUCACACGUGACCGUACUGACUCAUCUGAGAGCUGAGGAGAACCUAUUCACCCUCAUACAAAAAUAUAUAUUUUUUCGUCACGUUUAAAUGUGUUGUGAAUUCUGAGUCGCUGUU